GCAAUGUAGCAAAACACAAAUUAUUAAGACAAACAUAUUUAUUAGAAUGGGAUAUUGCGCUUACACGGCGCAAGUGAUUUGGUGGGUAUAAGGGAACUGGCCAUCACAUGCGCAAUGCCCUCAAUAUGCAGAGAGGUUAAAUGUGCCAUGUGCAAGAGUAUUAAUAUACCAUAUGGCAUAACAAAACGCAAUAUUCUUUUGUCAACAAACACGGCCGGUCAAUCUGUCAAAUCAAUUUCGAUUGGAUUAUUUAUUGCCCAUAUAUAUUGUUUUAAAAUAUAUUUCUAUUUCGCUUUAAAACGUGACACACCAUCAUUAACUAUGGCUAUGUGCCGUACGUGCCUCGAAACUCCAGCCGAGAAGGAUAUCUCAGAGUUAGAAAUGGACAUAAAUGAGUGCACCAAAAGCAGCUUUGAAAUCAUGAUGUUUUGUUUAGAUAUAAAGGUUACACGCGAAUCUAAAAUUACAACGAAUCUAUGCGAUGCAUGCUACGUACGAAUCAUAUCAUUUUACAAGUUCAAGAACCUAUCUUUAAAAAGUGAUGCUUAUUUGAAGUCAUUGGACCCUCUUGUAUCCAAAGUGGACAAAAAGCCGUCUGUCUACGUAGACGCAAACGGAAUUAAACACGAGAAUUUAUUAGACAAUGAUGAAUAUGGCAAACGUGUGAUUGUAGAUGUACCUCAAAUUAAAUUAGAAAUUGAAGUAAAAAAAGAGAACAUGUUCGGAGAUAUACAAAGAGAUGUUAAAGAUGAAGAUACACCAGAAGAUGCAGAGUCUGACAAAGAGCCAUUGAGUAUGAUACAAAAAGUGAAACAUGAAAAUAUUAAAAAAAUGACGAAGGAAAAUCCACCAGCUCGAAAAAAACGUGGCCGACCCAAAAAAAGUGAAUCUGCAGAACAUUCAAAACUAGGCUACCAAGUUUGCGAGGAGUGUGGCAAGUCUGUCCGUAACUUAAAACAGCACACCGCCCGCCAUGUACCUACGGGUGAAAGGAAGACAGUGCAGUGUGAUACCUGUCCUAAGGUCUUCUGCACAAAAGGAGCUCUGCGAGAACACUACAAAUUUACACAUUUAGGAAUGAAAUUUAAAUGUGAUAUUUGUAAUAAAGAGGUGACAAACCUAACAACGCACAAGCUGCUUGCCCACGACCGGGACGCACUCCCGUUCGCUUGCGUGUCGUGCGGCCGCCGCUUCGUGACGCAGUCCGCGCUGGCGACGCACAUGAUCACACACACAAAGGGCUCUGACACCUUAGUCCACGAGUGUGAUGUCUGUCAUAUAAAGUUCAACCGUAAAGGUGUCCUUUCAAGGCACAUGCGGCGGGUCCAUGAAAAAGAAAGAAAAUAUCAAUGUGAAUUUUGUUCAAAAGGUUUCUUUACGAAAUAUUCACUUGAACUACAUAUAAGGUCCCAUAAGAAAGAGCGUCCAUACAAAUGUGAGGAGUGUGGGAAGACAUUUUCCCACAGCAUUUCCCAUAAGAACCACCAGCUCAUCCACACCGGCGUCAAGAACAUCCACUGCGAGGUCUGCGACAUGGCCUUCAUGCGAGUUGAAUAUCUUCGAAAACACAUGAUCAGCCACACGAAGGAGAAGAAUCACCCGUGCCGGUAUUGCGGCAAGCGCUUCGGUCGCACGGACCAUCGCCGGAAACACGAGAUUACAGCUCACCAGAAACAUCUGGCAACCGAUUAAGCUCCUUAUCUCUAAGCAAGAAGACUCAAAUUUCAAUAUCUGGCGCAUAAGUGUAUAUAAUAUAUUUUGGCAAUUAUAGCUCUUACAUUUUAGCAUUACAAAAAAGGUAAACAAUCUUGACGUGUCUUUUUAUUGAACAUGAUUAAAUAAGUGGCCAAGUGCAAGUCGGACUCGCCCAUGAAGGGUUCCGUACCAUUUAUGACGUAUUAAAAAAAACUACAUCUUUGCAUGGUAAUGUAUAUCAUAUAUUAUUUUUUUAUUUUUCAUUCUGUUAUUUUAGAAGUUACAGGGGAGGGGGGACACACAUUUUUUCACUUUGGAAGUGUCUCUCACGCAAACUAUUCAGUUUAGAAAAAAAUGAUAUUAGAAACCUAAUAGUACAUUACGAUACAAGUGCGAAAAAUAGGAAAUUCGAAACGAGUGGCGAUAAAUUAAAACACGACCGAAGGGAGUGUUUUAAAUCGACACGAGUUGCGAAUUACCUAUUCGCACAUGUAUCGUACAACGUUUUACAGUACAUAUGGCCCUUUAAAUGUUCGACACAGUAACGUAAUAUGCUACUUCUCGCACUAGUGCUAUAAAGUAGCCCCAUAUGUACUGUAAAUAUCAUUUUUGAAGACCUAUCCAUAGAUACCCCACACGUAUGGGUUUGAUGAAGAAAGAGAUUUUUCGAGUUUCAGUUCUAAGUAUGGGGAACCCCCAAAAUUUAUUGUUUUUUUUUCUAUUUUUGUGUAAAAAUCUUAAUGCUGUUCAUAGAAUACAUCUACUUACCAAGUUUGAACAGUAUAGUUCUUAUGGUUUCGGAAAAAAGUGGCUGUGGCAUAAACGGACAGACAGACGGACAUGACGAAUCUAUAUGGGUUCCGUUUUUUGCCAUUUGGCUACGGAACCCUAAAAACGCUUUAAAAUAAUAGUUUAUGUUACUUAUGAAAACAAAAGAAUGUAAAAGAUCGUAUAUUAUUUGUAAUUGUUACAUAUUUACUGUGACUUAUUUAUCAAAAGUGAUUUUUAAAUAAAAAGUCACGUAAAGAUCGCUUACCUUUUUUCUAAUGCAAAACAACGAACUAUAGUUCGCCGCGUAACGUAAACAUUACAUUAUGAGUACAAUCAUGA